AUGGAGGACGCGAACACCACCGAGAAUGGCAUGGUGGCGAGGAAACAGAAGACGGCGAUGCUUGUGGCGCAGGUGUCUGAUCACCAGAUGCGCAUCGAAGUUCUGGAGGGUGAAAAAGAGCUGUUGAGGAUUGAGAUAGAGAGCUUCAAGACAGUUGCAGAGACGUACGAAAAGCGCCUCGAGACCGCAAUUGAUCGGCUCGAUAAACAGGCCAGGCUCAUUGGCGGACUGCAAGACUUGGCAUCAGAGCUGCAGGACCGCUUGGAGGCCACCGAGGAGGCCUCGAGCGAAGGGGAGGAUGAGUCGGACGAAGGUUUUGACAAGAAGGAGAAGAUGAGAGUUGCAGCCAGUGCCGCAGCGUUGAGAGAUGCAUCCUACCGAGAGCUCGUUCGGCAGGUUUUCCAGACGCGCAUGGGCGUUCCGAACCUUAAACUGCGCACUCUUCCAUUCUGGCCGAAGGAAGGAGAGCCUAUGCCAGUUGAUCCUGCAACCAAGACCGACUUGAUGCGCUUUCGAUGGGAUCAGCCUUGGGACGCCGCUGGAAACUACAAGAACAUUAGGACACUGGUCACGAUGAUCAUCAAACAAGGAGCGGAACUCGUACCUGGCGCGGCCAAGCCCAUUCGAGAUCUUCUCAAAUCUGAUGCUGAGGAGAGCGUGAAGAAGAAAUUCCGUGCACUGCAAAAAGCUCUUCGUGAUGAAAAGCUGAUCGGUGCACGUGGUCGUUCAGUAACGGUUCAGCGGGAUAUGAAUGUGAUGGCGUACGAGGAUAAUGAUUCCGCAGAGGCUGGUGGAAAUGGCGCUGUGAUAGACAUGCCCGUUACAGCGAAGAAGUCAACACAUACAACCAGCCGUGCGAAAGGGAAGCUUCAAGUGCGCAUCCGUAAGCGUACCAACUUGCCCAAGGAAUCCGAGUGGCGCGAUCCAAAGUACGAUGCAGCGUUCGCUGUGAACCUGAUGUCCGAUGACGAGGACCAGGUGGAUGAGAAGGGUGAAUUCACGGGGAAAUAUAUCUCCAAGGCCCCUGCUUACCGAAGCCAAGAGUUAAUCAACCUGUUUCGGGCGGUUGAUGCAACUCGAGACCCGGAGCCGUCAAACAGAUAUAUUCCUCGUAUGAAGGCUGCCGAGACCAUUGAUUAG